UACUUCAGUGCCUGUGUUUUCCAAUAGCGCCUUUUUCUCCAGCAUUGACAAUAUUCUGUAUCUCUCUCUCACUCUCUCGUAUUACCGAUUGUUUUUGCAGUAAGUGAGUUAGGGUAGUGAACUAAAGUUAAUGACAGACUUUGAGUGUUAUGACAGGUAUUUGUGUAAAUAAAACAUUAAUGGAAUCAACAUCGGAUUAAUGGCAAAUCAUAAAUUUUGCACAAUUUAAUUGUUUCAGAUUUACACAUGUAAGGUAUCAAAGCAGAGGUAAAGAUGACCUCAAUGAUGGAGCAUAUGAACGAUUUCAGACGUAAAUAUGGAUUCCUUCAGUCAAAGAUAAAUAUCAGCGACCCAUUUUUCUCCCUGUGUUCAAACAAUGGCACAAACGGAACGUCGGUCAAUAGUACAAAUUGUUCUUCGGAUGGCCACUUGCUGCGGUCUAUUACAGAUGGUAACAUCUCACACACUUCCUCAGCUGCGCAAUCAUUCUUCACGUACUUCACUCCUGUAAUAUUUAUGAUCGGAAUAUUUGGAAACGUGUUGUGCUUAAUUGUAUUUACGUCUAAAAAUAUGCGUAAAUUGUCAGCGAGCAUCUAUCUUGCAGCACUUUCCACAUCAGACUUAAUGGCUCUCUUCUUCUAUGUACUUCCGGAAUGGUUAAAACACGGACUUACGUCACUUCCGGGACAUCAUUCAGCAACUUUUCUACAACAGCCAGGAACCUGUCAAGUUAUGCUAUAUUUACAGUAUAUUGCGCGAUUUCUAUCUUCCUGGCUUGUUGUCUUCUUCACAAUAGAAAGGUUUAUUGGAGUUUGUUUUCCGCUUCGAAGGAAAGAUAUUUGCGAUCCGAAAUCAUCGUCAAGGGUAAUUCUAGUUGCUAUAAUAGUUGCCUCAACCGGUUGUGUAUUCAAGCCAAUACUUAGCGGAUCAUAUACGGCAGUCAACGGUGAUCCCCACUGCACAAGUGACCCAGAACACAGAUACCUAUCAUUUAUUUUGGAUUGUAUAUUUGGCGUCACCAUCACUUUCAUACCAUUUGUUUUAAUCACUGUGUUGAACCUUUUGAUUAUUCGGAAGCUAGUUUUGAGAAACAGGCGUCAUCGAAAAAUACGAAUAAUUACCGAAGAAUCGAUAAUUCGAUUGGAAUUUACUUUCAUUUUACUUGCAAUAUCAAUUUGCUUUGUAUCCUUGAAUUUACCAUAUUUUGCGAUUUGGUGUAAAAGUUACUGGAUGUACAAGCAAAUGUUUGACCAGGUGUUUGAACAGUCAAUCUUAACACCGAAAGAUCACGAAACAAAUAUUGGUGAUCUUGACGAAAUAUUUCACGUGACAAGAACAAUUUUCUAUAUUAACUAUUGUAUAAACUUUUUUCUGUACUCCAUUACUGGAGCAUACUUCAGGAAAGAACUCAAACAUUUGUUCCUGCAUAAGGAGCGAGGCUAUAAGUACAGCCAUCAUUGUUCAGCAUACUAUUCGAGGUCAAACUCUCAUUCGACUCCACAGUCAUGGGUAUGACUAGGCCGGCAACGCAGGUCACAUGAAGGCCUGCAUACGCAAGUGGGUUUAAGACGCUACUCGGCUAGUCACGGCUAUGGAUAAAAAAUGAAAUGAAAAAGACAAGCAUACACAUAAUGUUGAUAUCAUUUACUAUUUUAGAUUCACUAUUGAAGUGGAACUUUUUUGUUGGUUAUAUUUUGCUUUUUUAUCGGAUCUUUUCGAUUAUAGGUUGCGGUUAUAUCAGUAAUUCCACAUGCACAAGAGUUGUGAAUUAAGUAAUAGACAAGGAACGUUAGUGAUAAGGAACCUAUACAAGCAUGUAACAUUUACUAAAAUAUACAGGUUGCAAAAGAAAUAUGUAUAAUGAUGAAUGAUACUGUUUAUUGUAGUCAAAAGAUAACUUACCAUGUCAAUUAUGUAUGAUCCGUUCUGUGUUUGAUGAACUUUGUAUAUAGUAAAGACGAUAUUGGUGUAUUGAUUAUAGUCUGCCUAUCUACAAACUGAAUACGGAUUUAAUUUGUUUUUUUAAAAACUAAUUGAAAAUUUCAUAUCAAAUAAUAUCAAUAUAUAAUGCAAGUUGAGUAGAAACAGUCCAGGACCGAAGCACUCAAAAUCUAGUUAAUUGGUCAUAAAGAUGGUAUUAACAUCUCUUUUAAAGUUUAAACCCUUUUAAUCAUGCCAAUGUACACAACUGGGAUGUAUGAGUGUCAUAAUUGCGAGUGAAAUAGUAAGCAAAUCAACAAAUGUAAUCAUUUUAUGUAUGUACAAAGUGUGAUGUACUUACAGGAUCUUUAUUAUUUUACUUAAAAUUAGAAUAUUUGAUGUAUGUCACAGUCCGUGACCGAUCAAAUACGCAUCAAUGUAGAUACAUUACUUAGCAAGGCAAAACAUUUUAUUGAUAGAAAAAAGUUUUUUUUUACUUUGGCAGAUUGAUUUAGUCUUUCUUUUUGCAUAUUAACAAUUAUUUUUUUAAAUUUUAUUUCGUUGAUCAAUCAAAACGCGAUACAUUUGUUUGUAUUUAGUAAAUUGUAGUAUAUGUGUAUAACUGUAAACUGUUUUACAGACUCAACAUUUUAGUGUGUGAAUGUUUAGACCAUUUAAAUGCAUUCAUGUCAUUUGUGAAAAUAUGUUAUCAAUAAUAGACAGAGGGAACGUCAUGAUUUGUCUGUAUGGCUGUAAUACUUUCAAAUAGCAUAGGCAUACUCUUUUGCGUAUCAUUGAUUCAAAUACUUUUAAUGUUGAGUAUACAAUACCCUUUCACCCGUUGCUAGGGACGUGAGGGAUAUUGUUCUAUAUUUGUUUCUUAUAGCAAACUCCAACGAGUCUUCUAGUGUCAGCUUUUUGCAUUGUUUUUGAUUUCUCUCGAAGGAUCUAAAUUUUUGUAAAUUUGAUACUCUUAUUUUAGGAAUCUGCAAGGAUUUUCGAACUAGUGUAUGUUAAAAAGUGGUGUAAAGGAAGUUUGGGGUGUCCAUGUAUUUGGGGUGUACAGUAAAUUGCAUAACAAUAAAUUUGCUGAUCGUUAUUUUCACUGGGAAAAUUUGAUAUUAAUGCAUUUUUUAAAGCCGGGAAAAUUGCCAGCAUCUGCAUUGCUAAAAUGUUAAGGUUUGUAUUGGUUAUAAGUCAAACGAUCAAAUAGUCAAAUCUUAUAUGCUAUCGGUCGUAUAAUUUUUUCUUUUUUAUACAUGCAAGCAUAUUUUUUUCACUGUAUUGUUCUACAUUUAUUUUGAAAAUGUUAAAGACCUUAAAGGUUUACUUCAUAUUUUGUUAACAGUGACCAAGCUUUGUAUACUUUUAUUCCUGUAUUUCUGUUUUUGUUAAAAAUCUGUGAUAUUCAUGUUCGGAAAUAUAUUUUAUAAAAUGGUCAGAUGUGCGACAUACAAGACUCUAUAAUGUUAAUUGACAGGGCAUACCAAAAUGGCGUGGAAUGUAUAUAUAAAUACUCUUACUGUUGUUUCUUCUGUUGAUACAAUCAUAAUAACUCUUGUAUUGGUUAUUAUAUCAUAAAUAAAGUUGUUAAUCAUUUA